CAGUCUGACACUGUUGUGUUCAGCUACUCCUGAUCCUCCUUCGUCCAUUCACUUAUUCCCGAGGCUUGCUGGUUGCCGGGGGUUACGCUUGUUGUCGAGCACAAUGUCGGAGCACAUGCAGCUUUCCCUCGCCUUGUGCAGGAUUGGGCUUUAUACGUGUUUUCGGGCACUGUGCUGUAAAGGACCCCCACCACCUAGACCAGAAUAUGAUGUGGUGUGCAUCGGCCUGACAGGAGCUGGGAAGACCAGCCUGCUCUCGCGGCUCUGCGGUGAGAGCACUGACAACAUUGUUCCUACAACAGGUUUCAGCAUCAAGGCAGUGCCAUUUCCAAAUGCCAUCUUAAAUGUAAAAGAACUUGGAGGAGCUGACAACAUCAAGAAAUAUUGGAGUCGUUACUACCAGGGGUCACAGGGUGUAAUCUUCGUACUGGAUAGCGCAUCAUCGGACGAGGACCUUGAGUCAGCGCGGAAUGAGCUCCACUCAGCUCUGCAGCACCCUCAGCUCUGCACACUGCCGUUCCUCAUUCUCGCCAAUCACCAGGACAAGCCUGCAGCAAGAGCACCAAAUCAGAUAAAGAAAUACUUUGAGCUGGAGCCGCUGGCGAGAGGAAAGCGAUGGAUCCUGGAGGGCUGCACUGUUGACAACAUGGAGUCAGUGAAGGAGAGUUUUGGUCAGCUCAUCGGCCUGCUGGAGGACAAGGAAACGGAGCCGGCGAGGAUAUGAUGUUAAUGUACGUCAGCGGCUGCCGACCGCUGCGUCCUGCCAGUGCCCACGUCCACACACCUGAGAAAGCGCAGACACAAAACACACAGGAAAACGCAACAGAUGUCGGCCACUCUUUGUGAUGAAUAUUGUAUGUUGUCCUCCCUCCGCCGCGGUCUCAGCUUUCACAUUGGAAUAGUGAACCAGGGUAUCAGUCGAGCCCUGCAGACUGACAGAAGAGAGCCACCCUUAGAGCCACCCAGGCUCAGAGAAAAGUCUCUGAAGUCUGCCAACAAUGGAAACCUUGUUUACUACUGUUUGUGCCAUUGUUAUGUGAUCAAAGGCGUUUAGGACAUUUAGAAAGUCUGUAGUCAGCAUUAAAUACUAACACACACUCUAAAGCACACACAUACACACCCACAGAGACAUGAAACUAAGUGCAGCCCAGAUUGAUAUGUUUAGCAUCUCCACUAAUUGCUUUGCAAGAUGUUUGAAAGAGCACGGUUGAUGUUCUUUUCCACUGAGAAGUACUGUAUGCUGUAAAGACUCUUCAACAACACAUGUUGUUGUGUGAAGGGAGUGCAUAGCCUGAAGCCCUGUGUUCUGUACGGUAGUUACCUGUAAUCCGAGUAGUAUAGUCUGAGUAUCUCAUGGAGUAUUAUGUAGGUGCAAACAAGCAAUUUGCUGUGUAACCGCACACAAGUACAAACUACUAACCGAGUGACCGAAAGCAACGCUGGGAGGAAGUCUGAGGGCUUUUAUAAAUGUGCGAUUUAGGUUAUAUUUUACAGCUUAUGUAUGUUAAUCUCGUAAAGCAGCGUUCUGAUUUGUUUUUGAAAUGUCUAUAUGUCUCAAAUCAAAGACCAAACAAAAGAAAGAAAGAAAAGUUGAUUGACUGAGCUGGUUAUAGCCACAACGUGGGGCAAUGUAAUGAAUUUUGUGUCUUUUUAGUGUUGACAAAUGUCAGAUUUGUUUUUUAUCUUAUUUGUACUACGUCUUCUUUCCUUUCCUUUUUCUAUUUGACAUUACCUCUCAACACUAGCUGGUGACUGGAGUUUCUCAUCAUGCCCCAAUACAAACUAUCAAUCAGCCGCAGCAACAGCUGCAUCUGACAAGUCCCUGUCCGACACCCUAAUGCCUUCCAACUGUCUGGAGAGCCCCCGUCUCCCCCCCAACCCCCGUCUGCUGUUUAUCGCGCGUGCACCCCCCCACCUCGUCCCGAGCAGCUCCAACCCGACUCUGCUCCACAUUCCCGUUUCCACUCGAUGAGCUUUUUUAUCUCAGAUGUCAUGUCAAGUGAAAGGCGUAUUAUUUAGGAAGAGUCGCCUUCACUGUGCCACGAGUGUCGGGUUAUCUCUGAGAGUAACGAUAAAACAAAUCAGCAGGUUGUUUAGUCAUCAUGGGGUUUUUUUUGUUUGUUUGUUUGUUUUUUGGGGGGUUUUGUUUUGUUUUUAAAAUUUUGAUUCCUUUUGUGUACCUGAAUGGAGAACUGAGUGAAAUUGUUUGCUUCAAUGCACAUAUGGAUUUCUUAACCAAGGAUUAAACCAGAGUCAGACUUCUCACGUCGUCUGCUCACCAAAAUCACAAAUAUGUCCAUUCAGCUGUGGAUCAUGAUGUCCAAGGUUGAAAUUAAACUUUUCAAAUUGAAAACAAAUGUCGCAUUUUGAGCUGUUAAUGUGGAUUUGAAACAUUUUGAGUCUACCACUUACGUGUACAGGUAUUCCAGAAGAAACACUAUAAAAUUAAUGUCACUUGUCUUUACUAAUAUGAUCUUUAAGGGUUUAAAGAUGAUGUCGACCUGUUCCUACACAAACAUCUUUAGAAGUAGUCUGAGUGGAACACCUGGUUACCUGACUGGGUGUUUUUCUCUCCGUUCCUCUUAUUAAUUCACCAAACAGUCUUGUGGGAAUUUGAUACCCUAAACAAUAAUCAGAAAAGUCCAGAUGAAUGAGAGGAGUUCAAUCCAAAGUUAAAAAAAAAAAAAAUGCGGUUAAAGUAGAGCAGCUGAAGAAUGAGCAGAAAGUUAAUCAAGUGAGGCAGAGAUUACUGAGUAAAAUGCUUCACAAUGAUUCAGGCUUGUUUGUCACAGUUCCAGGGGCCUCAUGUGCAGCCUGAGUGUACCCAUAAAAACAUGCUCCUUGCUUUGUGAAACCAAAUAACAAGUCAGAUUUAUUAUUAAUAAUAUAACAGUGGAAAUGUGUGCAGCCCCACGCCAGCCUCAAGUCUGGCCUUCCCACAUUUCUGGGGUUUUUACCCCAUGAGUGACACUUAAAGAAAACACCGGUAAGUUAUUAAUGACCGGACAGCAAUUAUGCACACCAGAAACAUGAUAAAUGAUCAUUACAUCUAAGUACAUGAAUGGAUAUAAAAAGUAUGCACAUUGUGGUGCAGGAAUCACUUUUGUAACACGACGGCUUUAGAUUUAUGAGAGUAUAUUGUAGACAAUAUGGUGCGAAGAGCAGGGUUGCUAAGUUACGGAAAAUGUCUGGAAAACUUUACAGGGGAAGUUAGCUGGGCAAUUAAAAGUAGCUUUAGGGUAUUUUAGAGAAGCUAUGAUAUCUAGACAUAAAUGACACCAUUGUCAUUGAAUUAAAUUCAUGAAUACUUCAUUUAUUCCAAAUAUCUUCUAAAGAGUUGUGGAUAAUAAUGCUGUGGGAAGGAUAUCCAGAAGCAGUCAGGCUUGCAGUGAAUCUGGAGAUGCCUCUGACUGAAGACUGUUUUUGUACGACAGUCUCAUGAGUGUCAUGACAAACCAAGAACUCAGUUUGUGGGCAACAGAGAUAAUAUUGCACGGUAACAUGUCCUGGAUGAUACCAUCAGUUGUUAGCAAGCACUGCUAAUCCACCUCAUUUGCUUUUGCCACUUCUCUUUAACUCCCUGUCUAUAUUGCUGAUCCGGGCAGAGACAUGUAGCCGCGAACAUGAUGGUUUCUUUUUGAUUGUGAUUCUGCAUCCACAAAACCUCUUUUUUUUAUCAACUCGUCUGAGAGACUCUGAGAGUCGAGGUAUUAGUCAAACCUUUUAGAUGCUAAUUAGCUGCUACCAGUUGUAAAACAAAAACAAAAAAAACAAAAAAACAACGGCUUGUUUCCACGAUUACACAUCACCACAACCAUCCGAAAGUAAAAAGCAGGAGCAAAAAUUACAUCAUCCAAAUCCGGA